CAGGGGGGUCUAUCUUUUGCAACUUCUUGUCCCCCCAAUUGGGUAGCCAUCCAUUCCCUUCUUUGGAUCUGAUCCUCUCAUUAUUUCCAGUACAACUACUACGGCAUGAGUUCUUCUAAUAACGAUGAUGAUAAUGACGCCGGUACUAGUAGUUGUUUCCAAGUGGAUGCGCUUGUGCAAGUGUUUGGUUUGAAGAGUGAAGCGGGCCAAAAGCUGAAUGGUGGUCAUGGCAUUAUCAUGGCUCCCAAAAAGAAGAAGCAAAAGGCAGGCAAUGACAAUGACAACGACAACGACGGCCCCAAGAGGUAUCCAGUACUGCUGUAUGCACUCCAACAAGAACAAGACCAAACGAUGAAAUUGCUAGGCGCUACCAUGUCCAAGAGCGUCAAGGGAGAGAAUUUGCAAUUGCUCGAUUUCGAACUGAACGAGAAUACCGCUGUCAGUGACCUCUACGAAAAUGCCGUCCGCAACCAACUCGUGUUUUCACAGCAACGACGCGAUAUGGACCAGAUUGACUUUUGGUUCCAACAUUAUUACAAGACCAAACCGGACGAUUUCCGCAUGGCCGGAAACUAUGCCAAGUGGCUGAGAGAGAGGAGACACAAACCCAAGGAAGCCUAUGAAAUCCUCCAGACACUGACGUGUCAUUUUGAUCCACAAGACGACGAAUACUAUCCGAUCAUGUGCUCGGAUUACUGCAUUACAGCGGCCAUGGCACACGGCGAUCUGGAAGAAGCGCUCGAGUAUGCACACAAAAUUAGUGUUGUUCCAGAGAAUGGCAACAACAAACAACUCGCCUUUCAAAGCUACAUCGCGCUCCUGCAGACCGCCGAAACCAUUCUGCACGAAUCAUUGGAUCCACAAACAUUGGACACUUCCAAGCUCUGCAGAGUUCACACCGCGUGUGCGAAACGAAUCUGGGAACUAGAACCAGACAAGGUGGAUCAUCUGCACAACCUGGGGGCUUCCUAUUGCAUGGCGGGCAAUCAUCUACAGGGGGCCAAAUGGUACCGCCGUGCUCUGGCGAAGAAUGGAGGUACCAUGGCGAGUAGAACCAAACAAAGUCUCAUUAUAGCCCAGCUGCAAUGCCCCGGAAUGCCUUUGGAAGAUUAUUUCAUCAUGUGCACUACCCCAGAUGGCACUCAUGUGCGAUGUGCCCAUAACAACGACAAACACAAGUUCCAUCUGCAAAUGAAACAAGCUCCAAACGGCGUAGUUGGAACAAUCCUGCCAAAGAAUGAACAGAUCGACGUCCUGUUUCAUCCUUUGCCUACAGAUCCCAAUGACGCGGACGUGUUUCCACCAGAACUACUGCAACAAUUGACUGGAGAGCAUGACAUGUAGUCGAUUGGACUUGUUUUAACAGACAAGUUCGGAAAGCAAGUUUAUAAAUUACAACUACUGAUCGGUUGCACUAGCUAGACUACCGCAUGCAGCCGACAACCAAAGAACGGACGGGAAAGAUGACAUCAGGAAGCAAGGGCGCCAAAUCUGCACCGACGGAGUUCUAGCUUUUAAUACUAGUAGUUGCAGCAGUUUCAAACC